CCAGCAGACAGGUCGUCCUCAGCAGGGGGGAGGGUUGAGGGGGGACACACCUGCUGUGUCCCGCUGCAGUGGCUGUGAGAUGAGAGCAGUAAUACAUGAUUAGUGCACAUCUGGAAACAAAGGCAGACCUGUAAACACCUGGACGGACUUUUUCUUUUUUAACAUCAGCAAGAGAGACGCAACACGGGAGAUCAUGAUGCCCUGUCUGCAGGGCAGCAGCUGCAGCGGCGGCAGGAGGAGGAGGAGGACGUGCAGCCGGACAACAGGCACCUUUCUCUCGGCGUGCUUUGUCUCCGCUUGUGAAGCCCUCCGGAACUGCGGUGACGUCCAGUGCGGCGACGGCCACCAGUGCUGCCCGCCCAGCGUCACCCUGAACGGCAGCAGCAGCUCCAGCUCCUCCGCGGUGCGCUGCUGCAAACUCCCCAUCCACAUCUUCUUCGACAACGUCGGCUGGUUUACGCGGAAGCUGUCUGGCAUCCUGAUCCUGUUGCUGCUCUUCGCCAUGGGCUACUUCAUCCAGAGGAUCAUCUGCCCGCGGCCACGCCGACACCCGAACCACCAAUCCUCCUCGGACCACCGCAGCGCCGGAGAGGAGCCCUCUUCAAUCUCCAUCUUCCACCACCACGGACACAACGCGUCCACGUCGGCGUCCCAGGACUCCCUGCUGGACCGGUACCCGGAGUACAGCCUCGGGGACUUCGUCACCGCCUCUCCGAGCCUGCCUGCAUACGACGAGGUCAAAUAUUUGCCCACGUACGAGGAGAGCAUGCAGGAGAUGAUGCACAGAGACCGGUCCGAUGAUAACCUGCUGGCGGACAACGAGAGAGGUGGUGAGGGAUCGAGAGCUGGAGACCAGAGGAGGGAUGUCCUGGAGGUGCAACACAGUCCUGCUGCAAGGACAUCAAGGAACUCUGUCUGAGACUUAUUCUAAUAUAUAGUCAGGGGUCAUUAUCUUACAGAGACAUACAAACUCAAGUGCAAUUAUAAUCCUUGAAUGUUGAGAAUAAAAGGAGGAGGCUGAGAAAAA